AUGCUCCUGGAGUGGCUCUCUGAGGCGGAGCAGACGCUUCGUUUCCGUGGCGUCCUUCCCGAAGAGGCAGAGACUCUGCAGGCGCUGCUGCACACACAUCGUGACUUCAUGGGCACCGUGGAGGACAAGAGGACAGAUGUCAACAAGGCUGCUGGCAUGGGAGAGAGCAUCCUGACUGUCUGUCACCCGGACUCAAUCACCACCAUCAAACACUGGAUAACCAUCAUCAGGGCACGCUUCGAGGAGGUGCUGACGUGGGCCAAACAGCACGAGCAGCGGCUGGAGACGGCGCUGACCGAGGUGCUCAACAACGCCAACCUGCUGGAAGAGCUGUUGUCAUGGCUACAGUUUGCUGAGACCACAUUGGUCCAGAAAGACACAGAGCCGCUUCCACAGGACAUCCCUCAACUCAAAACACUCAUCACAGAACACCAGAUAUUUAUGGAGGAGAUGACGAGGAAGCAGCCAGAUGUUGACAAAGUGACGAAGACCUACAAAAGAAAACCAGCUGAGCCUCCCAGCAGCCUGGCUGAGAGGAGAGGAGCUCGCAAACACCAGCAGCAGCAGCAGCAGCAGCAGCAGCACGCAGCCAUGCAACUCUCCGGAGGAAACCCACGGCUCAACCAGCUCUGUGCCAGGUGGCAGCAAGUUUGGCUGCUGGCUCUUGACCGCCAGCGCAAACUCAAUGAUGGUCUGGACAGACUGGAGGAGCUCAAAGAGUUUGCCAACUUUGACUUUGAUGUGUGGAGGAAAAAGUACAUGCGCUGGAUGAACCAUAAGAAGUCUCGCGUCAUGGACUUCUUCAGACGCAUCGACAAGGACCAAGAUGGAAAGAUCACGCGCCAGGAGUUUAUCGAUGGCAUCCUGGCAUCAAAGUUUCCCACCAGUAAGCUGGAGAUGACAGCAGUGGCAGACAUCUUUGACAGAGACGGAGACGGUUACAUUGAUUACUACGAGUUUGUUGCUGCUCUGCACCCCAACAAGGACGCCUACAGACCUACCACUGACGCUGAUAAGAUAGAGGAUGAGGUGACUCGGCAGGUGGCACAGUGUAAAUGUGCCAAGAGGUUCCAAGUAGAGCAGAUAGGAGAGAACAAAUACCGGUUCUUCCUCGGAAACCAGUUCGGCGACUCUCAGCAGUUGCGUCUGGUGAGGAUUCUGCGCAGCACGGUGAUGGUGAGAGUCGGAGGUGGUUGGAUGGCUCUGGACGAGUUCCUGGUCAAAAAUGAUCCAUGCAGAGUGCAACAUCCAGGACUUAAGAUUCUCCGCUCCGAUUCCAGUAGCUCCAUCUCAUCUCGUAUAGUGACAGUCACUCCUGGCUAUUUCUGCUGCCGAGCUCGUGGCCGCACCAACCUGGAGCUGAGGGAGAAGUUCAUCCUUCCUGAAGGAGCGUCUCAGGGUCUGGCCGCCUUCCGCUCCCGAGGUCGACGCUCCAAACCGGGCUCCCGCAACGCCUCGCCCACCCGCUCUUCCUCCUCGGCCUCCCACAGCGGCGCCUCCCUCCCCUCUGCUCCCUCCACCCCCGCCACACCGACAGCCUCUGCAUCGUCCAGGUCCUCCAAUACUCACUCGCGUGACUAUGCCAAGCCCUGGCUGGCACACAGUAAAACUCCAACGCCAGCCAAGUGCCACUGCUGCCCAGAUCUCGGUCAAAGCCACACCACUCCUGGGCACGAGGGCGCGACGUCGGGGUCCAAACUAAAGAGGCCGACGUUCCACUCGAGCCGAGGCUCCCUAACCGGAGAGAACGGAGGAGCGCCACACGCCAGCAAACCAUCACGAACUGAUCCGAAGCGAGGGACGUCCACAGCCAGUGGGCCGACCAGCCGAGCCGGCAGCCGGGCGGGCAGCAGAGCCAGCAGUCGCCGCGGUAGCGAUGCCUCAGACGCAUCAGAGCUGCAGGACGCCCGUUCCGUCUGCUCUGACGCCUCGGACACCCCACGCCGACCCGGUACCGGGGCCAAACCCUCCAAGAUUCCCACAAUCUCCAAAAAGACCCCCAGCCCAAAGACCCCAGGGGCUGGGAAGAAAUAACACCAGCCUCAGGGAAACUGGAGCAGAACCAAUAUUCCUCCGUUUCACAGAGGGUGGACUGCUAUCAUUGGGCAUUUUGGGUGUACCAGCUCUUUAACCUAAAGUCUAAUCUAAGUCUAACAGGGCUUAUCUAGAGUUUGUGCACUACGACUGACAUUUCCAAGGGGAAAGAAAGAGAUGGAUAGGAUGAGUGAAUCUCCUUCUCACUCUUUCCCCGGUCUCAUAAACGGACUGAAAACAUGCACAAGAGGAGUAGAGUUCUGGUCUGGUGGUUCUAGGCCAGCAUCUGUGGGGUCGAGACUAACUUUUCCCCUUUAAGAAGCGACCCCAUUUUGCCUUCCAGUCUAUUGCUUUAUUUUUCAAGAGUUCCCCACCCGUGUGGAACCAAACACCAUCUGACCUGACGUGAUGCUGCCUUACUUAUACACUUCUGUCAGAGAAAGAAAGUCUUUAAACUGCUUUAUGCCACACUGACACACAGAUACACAGAGGUGGGGUAGGGAGUGGGACACACCACCACCACACCGCCAAAAACAAAACAAAAGCCCAAAUGACAUUCAGGAAAAAAAAAGAAUUGUGGGUCAUUAUUUUGGCUUGUGGGCAAGAUGCCUCAACGAUGAGUUUAAAAAGAAAAUAUGCAACGACUGCCAAGUCCCUUCCUCCGGACGGGCUGGUGAGAAAAACCGUCACCUCAGCAGAUCUACACAAGCAGACACAACGUGUGGAGAGCUCAGGAGGCGGGACGCAUUGUCCGACACACACACACACACACACACACACACACACACACACACACACACACACACACACACACACACACACCGGCUAACCUCAGACUCAGAGGGUCGGUGGUGGUGACGGUAGCAGUGGUGGUGCUGCUGCAGCUGAGGGCAAACACUCACACACACAAACACCGCAGAGCAGACUCCUCCUGACCGCUGGAACGUUGAGAUCAGCCUUAUGUGUGCAUUUCAGCAAAGGGCGGUAUGGUUUUGUCACAUGCCGGCAUAACAAUCCAACACACAAAUAACACAAACUGGCAAUAGAAAGGACUAUUUUUAUGGUAACAGUCGACUUACAUCACAUUACUGACAAUAUACAAUGUGUAACCUAACCCGAUUAGUUAUUGACCGAGUUUGACAACCAGCAUGCACUUAUUGUCUCUUUCUCUGCAGUUCCACCUUAAUGUCUACGCUGCGUUGCCCUUAGCAGCCCCGCAGCGCACACACACACACACACACACACACACACAUACACAAACACACACAGUGGUGUGUAUAAUGUGUGUCAUUGUUACAGGAAAUGAUAGAGGUCAUUGACUUGAUUCACUGAAUGCAAAAAUUUUAAUUUGCGAAUGUCAUUUCUUUGUUUUCUUCUUAGUGUUUUCUGGUUAAUUUAUAAUCCAGUUGUACUAUUGUUAACUAGCUUGAAAGAAAGAUCUAUUUAUUUUUCAGUUUCAUGUCAUAUCACUAUUGGCGGAAAGUGAUUUAGUAUUAUGGUUAAAGAAACAGUUUUUUGUUUUGUUUUUUUGUACCAAGGAAAUGUCCGCUCCGCUCUUUGACAUUAUUUGUGUGUGUUUUCGACUUCAUUGUAACAUUCACUAGGUCACUGAUUCCAGUGGCAGCCUUGUUUGUUAAUUUUUCUUUUUUGCUAAUGACUACAAUUCCCAGACCAUGACCAAAGGGGUUUGCCCUUCAUGUGGCGAGAGAACUACAAUUAUGAAUGACAAGAGACCUGGGACGAGCGGACCAAUGAGAGCAGGUUUCUUCCCUCAUGUCCCUCCCCACCAUCUCUUCUUCUAGGCUUUUUUUCAAAUGUCUGUCAUUGACGUGCUGAGUUGUCUCUGUGUUAUCUCAGUGUAAGAGAUGAACUUUAUGAAGAACUAAUGAAAUUACAGUAAGAAAGAAAACAUCUUAAGGUGAUUUUUAUUUAUUUAUUGUCUCUGAGGGGAGGGGGAUUCGGGGCGCAGGAGACGAGUCCUCCACCUUUUGAUGCUGUGCUACUCUCAGUGUGACGAUGAGGAGUCAAUGGUGUAAAAGAAAACAAAAAACUGAAAUUAUAAA